CAGUUAAGAGUUAAUGCCAGUGAAAGAAUGGCGUCGUCAAUGGGAGGAAUGUUCCCUGGUCAACAGCCACCUGGAGCUCAUCAAACUACAGGUACCGGUGGUCAAGGUCAGCCAGGGCUUCUAGCCGGCCCACCUGGUAAUAGAUACCCAAACAGCACUUUGGUUGAUGAGCUGGAAGCUUCUUUCGAGGCGUGUUUUGCAUCUCUCGUGAGUCAAGACUAUGUCAAUGGAACAGACCAGGAGGAAAUUCGGACUGGAGUUGAUCAGUGUAUACAGAACUUUCUAGAUGUGGCCAGACAGACUGAAUGCUUCUUCCUUCAGAAAAGACUGCAGUUGUCUGUACAGAAACCAGAACAGGUGGAAAAAGAGGACGCAUCAGAACUGAAAAAUGAACUCCAGAGGAAAGAGAUGCUCAUUCAGAAACAUCUUGCCAAGAUCCACCAUUGGCAGCAGGUGCUGGAGGACAUCAACAUCCAGCACAAGAAGCCCACAGAACUGCCUCAAGGUCCACUGGCUUUUCUGGAGCAGGCCUCAGCCAACCUUCCUGCACCCAUGAAACCGAACUGA